AAGGCACAAGCUUUGAAUCACGCCGCUGGGGUGUUAUCAGUGGUCUUCGGUAUACUAGCUGAAUCAUACAUCCUGUGGAACAUUUUGGGGGUUCCAAGCGAUUUAUUUACACGCGAUGGGUGAAGUUGGCAUGGACGCGUUUCCGCCUAAAAAACUGGACUCGAGACAGGAUUCAAAACUGGAUCGUCCGGUUAUUGAGACUCGACUGGAUUCUAGAAUGGACUACUAUGGCAGCAAAUUGGCUCUACGCGCGAGCCUGCGUUACACUGGGGAAGAUGACCAGUGGCAGACCAGUCGCAGUUCCCUUCGUGAAAGAAACAAAUACAUGUUUAACCGAGAGCUGUUUAGUGAUGUGCGUUUUCUGGUCGGCAGGACAGAGAAAACUUCCAUUCCUGCCCAUCGGUAUGUACUGGCUAUUAGUAGUCCGGUGUUUUCUUCGCUAUUUUACGCGUUUGGGGCACUUCAGGCUGAAGUAACAUCACGAGAGCAGGCAGAAAUAUCAGAAUGUGAACCGGAAUCGUUUCUGGAGAUGCUCCGGUACAUGUACUACGACGAAGUACAGCUGACAACUGAUAACGCGCCGGAAGUCUUGUUCUUAGCCCGGAAGUACCUUAUUCCAAGCUUGGCGGAGAUCUGCACUGAAUUCAUCGCGAGUAACUUAACUGUCGCGAACACUCUUCCUGUAUUGGACCAUUGUUGUCUGCUUGGGGUCAGCAAUGGCCUGGAGAAACAAUGUUGGACAAUCAUCGACCAACACGCUUCUGAAGUAGCUCAAGAUCACCAAUUCGUAGAAAUCGAUCACAGAACGCUUACUGCUUUCUUGAAACGCGACAGCUUAGUUGCCAAGGAGACGGUACUUUUCCAAGCAGCAGUGAGGUGGGCGGGGCGGGAAUGCCAGCGAUUGUCACUUCCGUUGACAGCUGAGAAUAGACGCGAGGUUCUUGGGGAUGCGUUUUAUUCCAUUCGUUUCCCGUUGAUGAGUAUGAAGGAAUUCACUGAAAACGUGGCUCAGUCAUCUUAUCUAAGUCACGAAGAAGUAGCAAAUAUGUACAUCGGCUUCAACUCCAACUUUCAGUCUUGCAACGUUAAAUUUCCAACAGAGCCUCGUGCUGGGCUUCUUCAAGAGGCGGUCUUUCGCUGCACGCGUUUCGAAUCAACAGCGCUGCGCCCAAAGUGGACAACAGUCGCACCACAACAAUCCACCGUGAAAUUCAAGGUCAGUCAGCCAAUCAGCAUCAUGGGCAUUGCACUUUUUACGGCUGUCACGCAAUCAGCCUCAUCGAGUGUUAGAGUUGAGCUGCGUGACGAUAGGGAUUCUGUGCUGACGUCACAUCAAGCAGAUCUUGAUAACCGCGACGAUGAUAGUGAUACGCAAGACGUCAUAUUUUCAAAAGGGAUAAAAUUACAAAACGAUGUCAUCUAUUCAAUCACUGUUACGUCAGAAGAAACCUUGCAGCGGUUUGGACAGGGGCCGAUGAGUGAGAUCAAUUGUGAAGGCGUCCAGUUUGAAUUCUUUGAGGAAUCAGGGGAUGAACUAGAGACAGGUUACAUACCAGAGCUUUUGUUUCAACCUUUAAAAGAGGCACCAUCAUCAAUGGCUUUCGCCGAAGACUGUUAAAAAUUC